AUGCGCUUUGCAGCCGCCACAUGGCUGACUGCCCCACCCCCAACAACAACAGCUCCCCAUGGAAGAGCCCGCGUUCCCUCUUUAUUGCCACUCGCGACACGAGUGACAACUUUCCCAGCGCCCUCCUUUGCGACGCCCACUCCUUUGCCCACCGUACUAGACGGAUGGGCAACGCUCCCACUACCGCUACUUCCCUCGUUACGCGACGACCCCGUACGCGCAGCCGCUUUCACGGUGGUGGCCCCUAAGGAACUCCCACCACAACACCCGCUCCCUCCCUGGACACCCCCUACGUUACGCGGCGACCCCGCACGCGCAACCACCUUCUCAGCGGAGGCCACGUUGGCACUCCCGCCACAACUCCCGCUCCCUCCCUCUGUACCCCCUACGUUACGCGGCGACCCAGCACGCGCAACCACCUUCUCGACGGAGGCCACGGUGGCACUCCCGCCACAGCUCUCGCUCCCUCCCUCGCUUCCGUUCUCCUUACGCGGCGACCCCAAACGCGCCUUACUCCGCGGUGGAGAUUUUACCGCUCCCGUCGUUUCCCCCUCGCCGCCCGACGUGGAGUCAUCCACGACUGUGGAAGCGGCGGAUUCUCCGCUUCCAGCGAGGGCCUUCGUCCUCCUCUUCCGUCCAGGAGGUAUCUCGCUUCCCAACUAA